CCGCAGCAUUGACUGAAAUGCAACAGGUUAUUUAGAGUGGGAGCGGGUUUGCACUGUUUGAUCUAACGAUGUAGGGGCGCCGUGCAGCUAAUGCGGUGGGGUGGAAACAGUAACAGGGGAGGGAAUUGCAGCGUUGUGGAGAGGAACACACACGAUGUCACUGCAAUCACUGAUACACAAAAAAAGGAGGCUGAAUUAGUGGGAUGAUUAGGGAAAAAAAUGUUUUAUCAGUGUUUAAUUCCUCAGGGCAUUGUGACCAUUGAUUGCUUGUUCUUGGAGCUUCCUCUGCGCAAAUAGUGUGUGUUCCCUACGCUACAACAGGGACCGCAUUUCCACACCAUCACGGUGAAGAUGCCACAUCAGUGUAGUUUCUUCUCCCUGCUUCUCUGCCCCAAACCUCUUGAAGUUUCAUUGCCUCUCCCCUGGAGUUACCCACUGUGUUGAUAUGCAGCCCUCUGCUGCAAGACGUGUAGUGAACAUAUUCGGUCGGCGUUGAACCUGUUUAAGUUGUAAUUGUUGGUAGCUGGGAAUGUUGUCUUAUUGGACCGUUGUAUUCAAUGUUGCAAGCUGAUUUUAGACCGCACACGAGGCUAAAUUCAAUUGAGAGUAGAAGUGUGCUGCACUCUUGCAGUGGCAGGAUUCUUGGCAGUGUGGAGGAACAGAGGAAUCUUGGGGUCUGGGCCCACAGAUCCCUCAAAGUUGCUACCCAAGUUGAUAGGGUUGUAAAGAAGGUGUAUGGUGCAUUCGCUUUCAUUGGUAGGGGAAUUGAGUUUAAGAACCGUGAGGUUAUGCUGCAGCUCUAUAAAACCCUAGUUAGACCACACUUGGAAUAUUGUGUUCAGUUCUGGUCACCUCAUUACAGGAAGGAUGUGGAAGCUUUAGAAGUAGUGCAGAGGAGAUUUACCAGGAUGCUGCCUGGACUGCAGGGCAGGUCUUAUGAGGAAAGGUUGAGGGAGCUAGGGCUUUUUUCAGUGGAGCGAAGAAGGGUGAGAAGUGUACAAGCUGAUGAGAGCCAUAGACAGCGUGGAUAGUCAGAGACUUUUUCCCAGGGCGGAAAUGACUAUUACGAGGGGGCGUAAUUUUAAGAUGAUUGGAGUAAGUUGUAGGGUUCUUUACCCAGAGAGCGAUGGGCAUGUUGAAUGUGCUGCCAGCAGUGGCAGUGGACCACUUUAGAGACUUUUAAGCAACUCUUGGAUGGGCACAUGGAGGAUAGUGAAAUGUGGCAUGUGCAGGGUAGAUUGAUCUUAGAAGGAUAACAGGUUUGUACAACAUUGUGGGCCAAAAGGCCUGUACUGUACUGUGUUCUUUAACUUAAAAAAGGAGUUUGUAUGAAAUAAUUUCAUUGCAACCUGCUUGGAUACAGAUCAUUUAAGGACAUGAAGGUAUAACCUCCCUUGACAAUGUGGACGAACAGGCCCUGAAUGGUACUCUGAAAUACCACUUUUAAAAAGAGGUGAUUGGAAGAAAAUGUGGGACAAAGGACAUUUUCUUCACCACCUCUGAAGAUUUUCUGACUUGGUUUUCCUUGUUUUAUGUUCUUGGGAUGUGCAUUGUCUGGCUGGGCCAGCAUUUGUUGUCUAUUGAACCCUACUUUCUAUCACAGCUUGGAGACCACUGUCAGUCCUUAAGGUGUAAGGACACUCAGGGUGCUGUUGAGGGAAAGAGUUCCAAGAUUUUGACCUGGCAGCAACAAAGCAACUGUGAUGUAUUUGCAAAUCAGGAUGAGGUGUGGCUUGAUGGGGAAUAUUCCGGUUGAAAGUGUUCCUCUGUAUCUGCUGCCCUUGUCCUUCUGGGUGGCCGAGGUCAUAGGUUUGGAAGAUGGUGUUGGAGGCUUGAUAAUUGUAUUAAGUGGCAUAAAGCAGCAAAGCACAAGGUUUGAUACACACAAUGAGCUGAAUUAGUUGGCACUGGCCAGGAUAAAAUGAUUCUUGGCCUCAGUGCCCAGGCUAGACCUGAAGAAGGAGAAAGUUUCAUGAGUGACUUCCCCCUCUCUCUGCUAGUAAUCAGUAGUUUUUCAAUGAUUGGACUUAAGACUGUGACGCUUAGCCAGGUUCAGCACACAGUUAUGAUAGACCAAAAAAAAACAUGGGGUAUAUGUCCAUAGGAAGGAGUUCAGAAUAUAAGUUUUGUUUACACUUCAUGAACCCAAGAAAAGUAAAAUGCUGAGGUUGAUACAAGCUUGAAUUCUUAACAGGAUAACAAAGUGUGGGGCUGGAUGAACACAGCAGGCUAAGCAGCAUAUUAGGAGCAAAGAAGCUGAUAUUUCGGGCCUAGACCCUUCAUCAGAAAAGGGAUUGGAAUAAUUAAGCAAUUGUUUUGGACUGAUGAUAAUGCAAUGGGCCAAAGGGUCUUUUUCCUGUGCUGGAAGACCUCUGACAGUGUGGAAAAUAUCUAAUCGCUGAAGGAUUAAUCCUCAGAGUCAAAAAUAUUCCUGGCAUUUGUGUGCACAAGUGUCUAUGCCCCUACCAAUUUUAUACAUCUUAAUUAUAUCCCUCCUAAGUGAGCGCAGCUUCAAGUAAAACAAUUCCAGUCUGCCCAAUCCCUCCGUAACUAAAACUCUCCAAUUUAUGCAACAUCUUGGUAAGUCUCAUCUGCACCUCUCCAGUGCUAUCGCAACCUGCCUAUAAUGUGGAGCCCAGUGUUGUCUGAGAACCCAUGCUGUCUCUUUCAGAUGUGGCAACUGUGCCAUGCAUUGAUACAGCCACUUGGAUUAAAAUUGCAUCCACUCUGUUGUGGCUGCACGGGAGUCUCAAUUAAGCAGAGGUCUCACCUGCCCGCCUGGGUGGAUAUGGAGAUUCCAUGCCUAUAUUUCGAAGAGGAAAAAGUGUGUUCUCUUCAGUUGUCUUGACCAUAUUUGUCCACAGCACACAGAUUUUGUUCCUUUCCACAUUGCUGUUUGUAGGAGUUGCUGUACACUAAUUGGCUAAUGUUUCUCCUAUGUUACUGCAAUGAAGUACUUUAAGAGUAUUGAGCAGUACUGUGUUUUGGGACACCCUGUGGCUGUGACAGUACUAUUGAAACUCAUGCUAACAUAAAUUAGAAGCAAGAAUCAGCUAAUCAGCCCCUCAGUGCUGCUCCACCAGUCAUUAAGAUCACAGCUGCUCUGAAUCGAUUGUCAAAUCCACAUUCUUGCCUUCCCCUGAGAACGUUUCACUCUUUUGCUUGGUGAGGACCCAUGUUGGCCUUAAAUAUUCAAGGACUUGGCUAUUAUUUUGGUAAACCUCCUGUGAACUGUCUCUACAUUUUUACUUAAACGAGAAGACCAGUACUGUGCACAGUACUUCAGUGUCUUCUCACCAAUAUUCUCUAACUCAAAUAUAACCUCCUUACCUUUCAGGCCAAAGACGUGGCAGUGGGUGACCACAUGGGUCCCAGCUAUGCCUCUUUCUAGGGUACAUGGAACAUUCCUUGUUCCAGUCCCAUUCCAGCCCCCACCCACAGCUCUUUCUCCGAUAUAUUUGAUGAUAUCAUUGGUGCUGCUUCCUUCUCUCAUCUGGGAUUGGGAAAGUUUACCAAUUUUGGCUUCCAGUUUCCACCUCGCUGUCACCUUCACCUGGUCCAUCUUUGAUUUCUUCCUUCCCUUAAGGCAGGAUAGACUCGAUGUGUUGAAUGGUCUAAUUUCUGCUUCUAUGUCUUAUGGUCUUCCCUUCCUCAAUAUCUCUCUGUCCGGGGAUGGACUGGCCACUAAUAUCCGAUACAAACCAACUGACUCCCACGGUUAACUUGACUGUACAUCCCCACACCCCAUUUCCUGUAAAGAUUCUUCCCUUCUCCCAGUUCUUGUUUCCAUUGCAGCUGUCAGAAACACCCAUCUUCUUCCUCAACCAAGGAUUCCAGUCAUAGUUGACAGGGCUGUCAGCAUGUCCAACCCACCUUCCAAACUUUGGCCCCCACCCCUUCAACAGUAAGGUCCCCCUUUUCCUCACCUUCAGUCCCACCAGCAUCUACAGCCAGCGGACCAUUAUCCACUAUUCCCACCACCAGGCACACAUCUCUCCCCUCCUUUGACAGCCUUCCUCAGGGACCAAUCCCUCUGGGACCCCCUGGCCCACUCUUCCUUCACUCCUGCCACACCCACUGCAGCCCUCCCGCACCUUCCCUGCCUACCUUUUCAGCAUCCAAAGUCCCGAACAUACCUUCCAGGUGAAGUAUCAGCUUACCUGCAUUUCACUCUGUCCAAUCUACUGCAUUCUCUGCUCACACUGUGGUCUUCUCUAUAUUGGGGAAACAAAGCAUAGACUGGAUGACCACUUUGCAGAACAUCUAUGUUAUGUCCACAAAAAGACCAAGCUACCUGUUGCCUGCUCCUUCAACACACCAUGUUGUUCCCUGGCCAACAUCUUUGCGUCAGGCUUACUGCAUUGCUCCAGCGAAGCUCAGCGGAAUUGGGAAGAGCAUCACCUUAUUUUUUGCUCGGGAACUGCACGGCCUUCUGGCUGUGAUAUUGAGUUCUACAAUUUUAGGGCUUGAGGCACCUUCUCCCAUGUCCAUACCCCCAACCCUUAACAAAUCAGGACUUGUUAUCACAUGGUCUGCUGUUAUACAUAUGUAAUUGAUAGCCACUAAUAGUCCCCGUUAGCAGCCAAUCAUUCUCCUAGGUUGACCGUUAUCCACUCGUUGUCUGUCAAACUAUUCUUCUGUCUCUUUGGGCUGUAUCUCUACCUAUUGUUUACUCUUUACUCCCUCCACCCACCCUAUUUGCUGCUGCAGUAAAACACUUCAAGCUAUAAUCACACAAAACAUUAACUUUGACUUCUCUCCACAGAUUGGCUGAGUUUUUCCAGCAAUUUCUGUUUUUGUUUCUCUCUAAUUUUAUCUUAAAUUCUCUUUGCGAUGAAUGAUAGCAUUCAAUUAGCUUUCUGAAUUGCUUGCUUUACCUGCAGACAAAUCUUCUGAGAUUCAUGCACUAGGACACCCAGAUCCUAGGCUAAUAUAUUAGUUAACCAAUCCUCUAACAGAAAACAAAGAGUGGGGAUAAAUGGGUGUUUUUGUUUUGGUUGGCAAUAAGGUUAGUGGUGAGCCUUGGAUCAGUGUUGGGACCUCAACUGUUGACAAUUUACACAGAUGAUUUAGAGUUGGGGACCAAGUGUAGUGGAUCAGUGUUCCCAGAAGACAUUAAGUUGUGUGGUCGAGCAAAGUCUGUGGAGGGAUAUCGAAAGGCUAAGUGAAUGGGCAAGGGUUUGGCAGGUGGAGUACAAUGUUGGUAAAUAUGAGAUCAUCCAUUUUGGUAGGAAUAACAGCACAAUUGACUAUUAUUUGAACAGUGAAAAAUUGCAGCAUGCUACUGUGCAGUGGGACAUGGGUGUCCGCGUGUAUGAAUCACAAAAUGUUAGUUUGCAGGUGCAUCUGGUAAUUAGGAAGUCAAUUGGAAUAUUACCCUUCAUGACUAGAGGGAUGGAGUUUAAAAACAGGGAGGUUAUGUUGCAGCUAUAUGGGGUACUGAGUAGACCACACCUGGAGUACUGUAUUCAGUUUCAUUGGUUGAAAAAGGAUGUACUCGUUCUGGAGGUUCACUAUGUUAAUUCCAGAGAUGAGAGAGUUGGUUUGUGAGGAGAGAUUGAGUAAACUGGGACUAUACUCAUUGGAAUUUAGGAGAAUUGGGGAGUUCUUAUUAGGAACAUAUAAAAUUAUGAUGGGAAUAGAUAAGAUAGAAACAGGGAGGUUGUUUCUGCUGGUGGGUGAAACUAGAACUAAUAGGGCAGAUUUAGGACUGAGUUGAGGAGGAACUUCUUCACCCAAAGGGUUCUGAUCUGUGGAAUUCCCUGCCCAGUGAAGCAGUUGCGCCUACCUUGUUGAAUUUUUAUGAGGCAAAGAUAGAGAGAUUUUUGAAUAGAAAAGAAAUUAAGGGUGAUGGUGAGUGGGCAGGUAAGUUGGACUAAGUCUACAGAAAGAGCUGCCAUGAUUUUAAUGAAUGCUGCAGCAGGGUUGAGGGGCCAGAUGGCUGCCUCCUGCACCAAUUUCUGAUGUUCUUAACCAUCUACACCUCAGCUCUACCAUCACACCAUUUAGAUGAUAUACUUCUUUGAUACUUGAUAAUUUCAGUUUUCUAACAUUAUACUUCAUUUGCCCAAGAAAUUGCAGCCCGUCACCUAUAUUGUUUUGCGGCCUGAUGUCCGUUUCAUCCACCUAUGGAAAUCUUUGGAAGUUUCUGCCCCUUCAGAUCAAUCAGUUCUUUUUGCCCCCGAGUGUCUAACAACUGCACGGUGGGAUUUGGUUGUGGUGGACACUGUCACAUGCAGAUACGUUUAAAAUUGUUCUAAUCGCCAUCUUUACUGUUCUGUUUUUAAUGUUCAAAGGGAACUAUGUCAUUUCAUCCGGGCCGAGGGACCUCUGCGCACACGUGUCAUGGAGUUAUCCCGAAGGUUGGGGGUGCCCGGGGCAGGCCUACCCCCGGGGGUCGGGUACCCCAGCAGCCCUUUGAGGCCAGUGGUGGCGGCUUUCGGCCUGUCCACCCACCGCCUCCAUUAUUCCCCCCAGAUCAGCAGCUCGCUCCGCCGAUGCCGCCUCCACCCCUGCCUCCUCCUCCCCCUCCUCCUCGCUUCCCCAGCCCGCAGGGCCCGGCUUACCCGGCCCCGGGCUUCUUGGCCUACCCGCCACAUAUCCCUCAGGCCUCGGAGCCUCGCCCAGGGCCUGUUGGCCAGCAGCAGCAGCAGGGCCCAUUGAGGGCUAGGCCUCCCUACCCCGGCCCUCCGGUAACACGACCGGGAUUCCCGUGCUUCACGCCGGUACCGAAUGCGGUAGCGGCAGUGGCGGAGCGUGGGGGCGGCUUCCAGCAGCUGAUGGCCCAGGCUCCGCUCCUACCCCCGCAUCAGGCGGCUUUCCAACCCCCGUACCCGCUGCCUUACCCCCAGACCUACCCGCUCCAGCAUUUCGGUGCCGGUUAUCCUCCGGGCCCGGUUGCCGGUGGUUACCCACCAGGGGUAGGUGGAGCCAUCUCCCUGGUUCCCCCAGGACCUGGCCCAGGCCCAGGGGGUUACCACACCUCCCCGUCACCACAGCAACCGCCAUCAUGUCCAGGUCCGGGCCCGGGGUCGGGGCCUCCGGCCGAGCACUUCCGGGACAAGCCUCCGCGCGCGCCGCCCGCCAAAAUGGCCGGGGGCCGGCACGCGGCCGAACGCGACAACCGCCAAAAGGACAGCAGGGACUACAGGGAGCGGGGGCAACGCCGGAGCCCGCCUGAGGCAAGGCUCCAACACCGGGAGAGGUCCAGGGACAGGGACAGGGACAGACCCAGGCCCAGGGACAGGAGAUCGGACAGCGGCCGGAGGAGGAUCAACCAUGAACGGGACAGGACACCGGGACGGCACCGGGACCGGGGGCACAGCAGAGACAGGCAUAAGCACCGUGAUAGUUACCGAUCACCAUCCUAUGAAAGAUCGCACAGACGGGAUCGGAAAAGGACGCACAGCCGGUCAAGCAGCAGAGAAAGGAAGCGCUCUCGCUGGGAGAAUGAGAGAGAUCGAAGGUCAGCAGGCCACAGUUCAACUAAGGAGAAAUUGCAAUCUACCACUCGAAGCCAUGAGGCUGAUGUGAAUCCCUUCUCUGAAAAUAUUGAAGAGGAGAAACAAGAAGAAGAGCUGCGGAAUACAAAGCCUGUGUGGAUCCGCUGUACUCACUCGGAGAAUUACUACUCCAGUGAUCCCAUGGAUCAGGUGGGCGACUCCACUGCUGUUGGCACAAGUAAACUGCGACAACUUUAUGAAAAGUUUGAUGAGGAGCUUGGGCAGAGGCAGGAAAAGGCGAGAGCUGCCAGACCACCCUGGGAACCACCAAGAACCAAACUGGAUGAAGAACCAGAUGACAGUUCCAGUGAUUCGGGCUGUGACUCGGACGAUAACAGCAGUGAGAGCAGCACCUGCAGUUCGGACUCUGAAAUCAUUGACGUCAUUGAGGAAAUCAAACGUAAAAAAGCACAUCCUGAUCGGCUGCACGAGGAGCUUUGGUACAAUGACCCAGGCCAGAUGAAUGAUGGUCCGUUGUGUAAAUGUAGCGCUAAGGCUAAACGAACUGGGAUUCGACAUAGCAUAUACCCUGGUGAAGAGCCAAAUGAGGCAUGUCGUCCAAUGACUAAUAAUGCAGGGAAAUUAUACCACUACAGAAUCACAGUUUCCCCACCCACCAACUUUUUGACUGAUAGACCAACUGUGAUAGAGUACGAUGACCAUGAAUAUAUCUUCGAAGGGUUUUCCCUGUUUUCUCACACUCCUCUUAAUAACAUUCCAUUGUGCAGGGUCAUACGUUUCAAUAUUGACUACACCAUCCACUUCAUUGAAGAAAUGAUGCCAGAGAACUUCUGCGUGAAAGGAUUGGAAAUGUUUGCCUCAUUCUUAUUCAAGGAUAUUUUGGAGCUCUACGACUGGAAUAUUCAUGGUCCAGUAUUUGAAAUUGGUGCUCCAUCUUGCCCAAGAUUUCACUUCCUACCUCGCUUUGUUAGAUCGAUACCUGAUAGUGGGAAAGAAGUCCUGUCAAUGCACCAAGUACUGCUCUACCUGUUACGCAGCAGUAAACCUCUGGUUCCUGAGGAGGAGAUUGCGAACAUGCUGCAGUGGGAAGAGUUGGAAUGGCAGAAGUAUGCGGAAGAAUGUAAAGGCAUGAUAGUGACCCAUCCAGGAAUGAAACCCAGUUCUGUUCGUAUUGACCAGUUAGACCGCGAGCAGUUUAACCCUGAGGUCAUUACCUUCCCAAUUAUUGUUCAUUUUGGCAUUCGGCCUGCUCAGCUAAGUUAUGCUGGAGACCCGCAGUAUCAGAAGCUAUGGAAGAGUUAUGUCAAACUGCGUCAUCUGCUAGCGAACAGCCCCAAGGUUAAACAAGCAGACAAGCAGAAACUGGCUCAGCGAGAGAGGGCAAAUAUGAGUCAUCUGCAUUGCCGUGAGUCUGGAGUCACAUGUAGGCCAGAUCAGGAAGCUUUGCAGAAGAUCCGUCAGAAAAACACAAUGCGACGUGAGGUAACAGUCGAACUGAGCAGUCAAGGUUUCUGGAAGACUGGUGUCCGCUCAGAUGUCUGUCAGCAUGCCAUGAUGUUGCCAGUAUUAACCCACCAUAUUCGAUACCAUCAAUGUCUGAUGCACUUGGAUAAGCUGAUAGGCUACACAUUUAAAGAACGCUGCCUCCUCCAGCUUGCAAUGACCCACCCAAGCCACCACCUGAAUUUUGGAAUGAACCCAGAUCAUGCACGAAACUCUUUGUCAAACUGCGGCAUCCGUCAGCCCAAGUACGGAGACAGGAAGGUUCAUCACAUGUACAUGAGGAAGAAAGGCAUAAAUACUUUAAUCAACAUUAUGUCACGCCUUGGUCAAGAUGACCCAGCUCCCUCAAGGAUUAACCAUAAUGAACGACUGGAGUUUUUGGGAGAUGCUGUGGUUGAAUUUUUAACAAGCGUACACUUAUACUUUCUGUUUCCAAAUCUGGAGGAGGGUGGGCUGGCUACCUAUCGCACUGCAAUCGUGCAGAACCAGCACCUUGCUAUGCUGGCCAAGAAGUUGGAAUUGGACCGUUUUAUGCUGUACGCCCACGGACCUGACCUCUGCAGGGAAUCCGAUUUACGUCAUGCGAUGGCUAAUUGUUUUGAAGCUCUGAUAGGUGCAGUCUACUUGGAAGGUGGUCUUGAAGAAGGCAAGCACUUGUUUGGUCGACUGCUGUUCAAUGGCUCGGAUCUGCGGGAUGUAUGGCUUAAUUAUCCACUUCAUCCUUUACAACUACAGGAGUCAAAUACAGACAGGCCUCUCAUUGCCACUUCUCCUGUUCUCAAGAAACUGACUGAUUUUGAAGAAACAAUUGGAGUGAAUUUUAUUCACAUACGUCUCCUGGCUCGAGCCUUCACUUUGCGAACUGUUGGAUAUAAUCAUCUAACUCUGGGUCACAAUCAGAGGAUGGAAUUCCUUGGUGAUUCUAUAAUGCAGUUGGUAGCCACUGAGUACUUAUUCAUCCACUUCCCUGACCAUCAUGAAGGCCAUUUAACGCUACUGCGAAGUUCCCUGGUCAAUAAUCGUACUCAAGCCAAAGUGGCAGAAGAGCUGGGCAUGCAGGACUUUGCCAUCACAAAUGAUAAAACCAAAAGGCCUGUUGCUCUUCGCACCAAGACUCUUGCUGACCUUUUAGAAUCAUUUAUAGCUGCACUUUACAUUGACCAAGAUUUGGACUACGUACGCACUUUCAUGAAUGUAUGUUUCUUCCCGCGAUUAAAGGAGUUUAUCCUGAACCAGGAUUGGAAUGACCCGAAAUCUCAGCUGCAGCAGUGCUGCCUGACUCUUCGGACAGAAGGCAAAGAGCCAGACAUCCCUUUGUACAAGAUUCUUCAGACAGUGGGACCAUCCCAUGCCAGAACGUACACUGUGGCUGUAUAUUUCAAAGGAGAGAGGAUUGGUUGCGGCACAGGUCCAAGCAUUCAACAAGCAGAAAUGGGAGCUGCCAUGGAUGCAUUGGAAAAAUAUAACUUUCCCCAGAUGGCUCAUCAGAAGCGCUUCAUUGAGCGGAAAUACAGACAGGAGUUGAGAGAAAUGAGGCGGGAAAGAGAGCAACAGGAGAAGGAUCCCAGUGAGACUGAGGAGAGCAGAAAAUAAACGAGUACAUGAAAACUGUGGCAUAUUUACCUCCUUAAACAACUGCAAUUCCAGCCACGUUUGCCUUUGGGGACAUAACCUAUUUUUAAUGUGAAAGUGAAUGAGGAGUCGUGAAAUGUGUGCAACAAGCCUGAGAGAUGAUUUUCCAUUCUUUUAUCAAUGAGGUAUGAAGUUCGUAGUCCUGACCAGGAAGCAUUAUCUAGUCCAGGUGAUUUAUCUCUUGUUAUUUAUACAUGCAUUUGAAUGUUUCUUAAUUUAGCUUUAAUUAUUUGGUUUCCCACAUGUAUGUUUGUAGUUUUGAUUUUGAAAAGAGCUGUUUUAUUUUUACUUUAACCUGUUGCUUUUCUUUUGGGGCAUUGUGUGUGUGUGUGCAACUUGAUAUCUGUAACACAUUAAUAACAGGUCAAUAAAAUACCUCCUUUUUACUCAGCAAAAAAAUCUCCACUUUAUGGGACCAGCAUUUUGCCCAGAAUGGAAUGCAAAAUGGUUCAAGAAGAAAUAUUGUGCUUUUUGUCAGAUUUUGCUCUGAUUAAAACUGUACAUUGAGUGUAAAUCUUUGUACCAUGACUUAUUAAAUCAUUCAAUUCCAUCACUCAGUAUAAAUACGUUCAACAAAGAACACUUGGCAUGUUCAGCUUUAGUAAUAAUCUUAAGAUGUGCUGCUACCUGUAAUUGAAACUUGACUGUCAAACAGAGCUCAUUAAAUGCACUGAUUUUACAACUGAA